AACCUAAUCCUCUACCUCUUGAGAGACGUUGGCGCAGUUCCAUCGACGGUGGGUGCUUGAGCAGCUCCGGCGAGGCGUGACUUGAAGCCGUUGUGCGGGGAGGGCGAGGGCGUGCCGGCGUCGGUCGCCGAGCGAGCGCCACGCGGAGCGCCACUGUCCGCGACGAGCCGCCGGAGAGGACGAGCGUGGACACUCGGCACGCAGCAGCACGAGCGCCGCCGGCAGCCGUCCGGUGUCGGCCCGCCCGUGAUGAACCUCCACCUCCACCUCCAGCACAUCACUCUUCGGUAAUCUCACGUUAUUCUUCUUUGACGCGCAGGAUUGGGUAUCCAAGGCACAGUUUUUUUACUCAAGAUAACUGGGUAUUCAUCUGACUCGAUGCCCCAAGUGAAGGUUGCCCCUGCGCUGGUGAACGGACUGCUCCCCGCACCUUCAUUGUUGAAGCUCAGAGCCCGUAGACUCUACAGUCACGGCCAUUUGCACUCAACAUCUCGUGUUUCUUGCUCAUCAGAGUUCUCGGAUAGAGGUUCUGCCAAGGAGUUGGAAGCAUCUGAGAACAGUGACGAGACAUAUGCCGAGAAUGCUGCUGACAGGGAUGAAGAAGGAGAGUGUUUAGGAUGGAGCAAAGAAGAAAUCGAUGCCAUUUCUGCACUCUUCGACCGGCCAAUGCGUCAGAGGCCCCUGAAGCCACCAAACCCCGCAAGGCAGCGGGCUCUCCCAUUGCCACUACCGCACAAGACGAGGCUGCCUGUCGGUCCCGCGCCCAAGCAGCAUGUCCGGCUUGCUGCAAGAGCCGCGCUCUCAUCUCGUGCUUCCUUCAGUGAUCAGGUGCGCAAGAACCCGGAAUUCCUACUUGGGAUUGCUCGGGAGAUUGCUGGGCUUCCUCCAGAGCAUGGUGUCUCCACGGUGCUCAACCGGUGGGCGAGGUUUCUCCGUAAAGGUUCCUUGUCACUUACCAUCCGGGAGCUGGGGCACAUGGGACUCCCUGAGCGCGCACUGCAAACAUUGUGCUGGGCUCAGAGGCAGAAAGCUGUUCCAUUGUUCCCUGACGACCGGGUUCUUGCUUCUACCAUCGAAGUUUUGGCUCGCUUUGGCCAGCUUAAAGUGGAGUCUGCAUUGGAGCAAUGCGUCCCCACGGCGAGCCGUGCCGUUCUUGAAGCCAUGGUGAGUGGGUUCAUGAGGGCAGGGAAGGUAGGCCUUGCGCGCAAACUCCUGGAACUUGCAAGAAUCCAUAACAGGACACUGCACCCCAGCAUCUAUGUGAAGCUGAUGCUGGAAGCCACCCGGACACCUGAAGGCUAUGGGCUUGCCUCGGCAUUGGUUGAUGAGCUUGGUGAGAGGUCGGACUUGGAGCUUCGCCCGCAGGACUGCACGGCUGUCAUGAAAGUCUGCGUAAAGCUUCGACGGUAUGCAGCCGUGGAGAGCCUGCUCAGCUGGUUCAGGGAAUCCGGUGGGAGUCCCACCUUGGUUAUGUACACAACGGUGAUCCACAGCCGCUGCCGCGACGGAAUGCACCGCGAGGCGCUGUCCCUGGUGUGGGAAAUGGAGCAGGCCGGUUGUCUGCUUGACCUGCCAGCCUACCGGGUCAUUAUCAAGCUGUGUGUGGCGUUGCGCGACCCAGAGAGAGCCCUCCGGUAUUUAUCAAGGAUGAAGGAGGCAGGGUUUGUUCCGACGGGCGACAUGUACAAUGAUCUGAUUGAAGGUUAUGCAGCGGAGGGGAGGCUGGCCAAGUGCCGGCAGCUGAUCAGGGAGGCCGAGUCAGUCGGUUUGAAACUGGACAGGAGGCUGCUCGCACGCUUGUCUGAAACUGGAGAUGCCCAUUCUUGUUGACUCUCUGAGUGUUGUUGACAUGUCACAGAGAGAGUAGAAUAGGAACAAGAAUACCCACACUGCAGUGCAAUACCCACACUUCAUCUAUAAUCUUUGUAGUACAAGAAAGGAGUCGAGCAAUUAUGUUCCUGUGUUGUUUAGUCCCUCGUGUAUUUUUCACUGGUCAAUGUUCAUUGACAAAAUAUAAUUGGUGAUUGCACUGCAGUGCAGUGGGUUAAAUCUGAAUCUGUGGAUGCACGUACAUGAACAGAUAUUUGACUCUUAGUGGUAAAUUUGUGGCUUCAAGAUUACUUA